GGAACCCGCAGCAGCAACUUCCAGGGAAGUCGCGCUGCAUUUGUCCCCUGGCUGAACCGAGGCGCGGAGUUGGAAACAGAGGGGACCCCCUCAUCGCCGGUCAUAAUCGGAGUUUGGGACACCCUUUUGAGUGACAGCCGCAGCGAAGGGUUUGACUUGAGACGGAGGCGAGACCGGUUGAGGUAGUCCCGUCGACACCGCACCGGGAUAGAGGAUAUGCGCUCUAAAGCUGCUGGCAGGACACUGAGCGCCACGGAAACAUGAAACUCCAUCCACAACAAGCGCCUUUGUAUGGCCAGUGUCUGAUUACAGUACGGCUGAACGAGGAAGAGGAGGGGGAGGAAGAUGUGGAGUACUUCCUGCUGUUUGCAGGCAGCACCCAGAGGCACCUCAGCAGCACCCUGAGGACCAGCCGGGACACACUGCAGGCACUGUGUCCGGCUCAUGACUGCAGUGAGACAGUUCAGAUCAGUCUGUGUUCUGUGGGGCCGACCGUGGCCGGGGCCCCCGAGGGCCAGGGGUCCAGUGCGGGCUGCGUGACCCAGCUGACACAACAAUCUUUCUGCUUCGUCCAGGACCAAGCCUUCGAUAUCGCCCAGUUCCUGGUCAGCGCCGCAGGGCGGGCGGACAGCCUGGAGGGGGCGCUGCAGCUGGACGAGUGCCAGAUCCCUGUGGAGGCGUGGGAGCGUCUGGACCAGGGCCUGGAACACGCCCUCCAGCACCUGACGCUGCCCCCUGGGUGGAGCCUUCUGGGGGGGCGGGACAGGGGCGGAGCCGAGCUUGUGCCUCAGGAGACCCUUCUCCACUUUGCGGCGCGGCGAGGUCUCGCCCGGCUGGCUGACUUCCUAUUGGAGCAGCCUGCGGCGGGAGAAGCCCUGCGAUUGGAUAACAGGCAGGGCCACACCCCCGCCGAAUUAGCAGCGCUACGGGGACACACACACCUGUCUGGCAUCCUCACCCGGGCCACGACGGAGGAACGCGGCGAGAGAGUGACGGAGAGAGGGACGGACGGAGGGACGGACGGAGGGGUUGCACUGGAUGCCAGGGUGGUGUGUCACCUCCCUGACCUGAACACACACACCCUGACGGUGGACACACGCCCGGGCCGCGAGCCCCCCACUCUUCAGCACGCCGUGAAGCUGCAUCGCUACUGGAGCUGUCGUCUGCAGGCAGAGGGCGUUUCCUCUCUGAAGCUCCAGUCAGACUGGCGGUGGACGCAACCGGGUUCCGUCGACAGGGGAGACGCAGAACCGACCGGCCGCAAGGACCCAGAGGAGGAGGAGGAGGAGGAGGAGGAGGAGGAGGAGGAGGAGGAGGAGGAAGGAGACAGAGAUCCAGAAGGCUCCCCAGAACAACCGACCCUGGGCCCCGGGACCGACCACAGAGGGAGUGACGGGAGGGUAGAGCCACAGGACGGGAGUGAAGACAGCGGAGAGGAGGAGACAGAAGAGAGAGAGGAGAGAGAGGAGAGAGAGGAGAGACAAGCAGAGGGGAGAGAGGAGAGAGAGGAGAGACAAACAGAGGGGAGAGAGGAGGAAGAGGAGAGACAAACAGAGGAGAGAGAGGAGAGACAAGCAGAGGGGAGAGAGGAAGAAGAGGAGAGACAAGCAGAGGGGAGAGAGGAGACAGAGGAGAGACAAACAGAGGGGAUAGAGGAGGAAGAGGAGAGACAAACAGAGGGGAGAGAGGAGGAAGAGGAGAGACAAACAGAGGGGAGAGAGGAAGAAGAGGAGAGACAAGCAGAGGGGAGAGAGGAGACAGAGGAGAGACAAACAGAGGGGAGAGAGGAGACAGAGGAGAGACAAGCAGAGGGGAGAGAGGAGGAAGAGGAGAGACAAGCAGAGGGGAGAGAGGAAGAAGAGGAGAGACAAGCAGAGGGGAGAGAGGAGAGACAAACAGAGGGGAGAGAGGAGGAAGAGGAGAGACAAGCAGAGGGGAGAGAGGAGGAAGAGGAGAGACAAACAGAGGGGAGAGAGGAGGAAGAGGAGAGACAAACAGAGGAGACAGAGGAGAGACAAACAGAGGGGAGAGAGGAGAGACAAACAGAGGGGAGAGAGGAGAGAAGGGAGAGGGGAGCUAGUGUGGGUGAGGGCACCCGGGGGGAGGCCGGUUCUCCCCCAGUGGCAGAGGGAGGUGAGAGAGAGCCGGACCCCGAGGGCAGGGCCACAGGGACAGACAGCGGAGGGCGCAGGACAGACAUGGGAGUCAACCUGUCCUCCCAGUCCUCCGUCACCUCGGACAGCGCCGAGCUCCCCGAGGAGGAAGGGCGGCCCGAGGAAGAGGAAGAGGGAUCGGGCGGCGAUAAGAGGACGAUCGGAGGCCGUGUUGUCAUGCUGGAAGUGACGUCAGAGGGUUUGAUAGGGCCGUCGAUGGAAACACUCACGCCGCAACAAAAGCAGGAAACAGCUGCUGCUGCUGCCGGGGGCUCCUCCUGUGCAGAAGAAGGACCCCCUCUCAGCCACUCGUCUCCAGAUAGAGGAGUCGCUGACACACCAGAUGCCCGCCCAGAUCCCGAGCACGGAGGACAUCUUCACAGCAUCGGCGGGGCCCUGAGAGAGGGCGGCAAGAACCGGCAAGGAGCGAGAGAGGAGGAGGAGGAGGAGGAGACGCGAGGAGUAGAGGAAGAGGAGGAGACGCGAGAAGUAGAGGAGGAGGAGGCGCGUGGAGCGGAGACAGCUGCCGGCGGUGAAGAGGCACGCCCAGCGCCGGAUCCCGAGCCGACCACACGCACCCCCUUCACACCCCCCGUGUGCCCGGAGACCCCCGGAUCCACCGAGCGGGAGCAGAACCCGGGAACCCAACCGGUUCCCCUCACGAUCCGGGAGGAAGAGGAGCGCGGGGAAGCGGACGAGGCUCCGGCCCGCCAGGAGAUGAAGACGGACGCGGCGGCGUCGGCCGGCGGUGGGGAGACCUCCGACGCGUCCGCCUCGUCCCCACGUGGAACCACAGAGAACCCGGCUCCAGAUCCCGCUUGGGAGGAACGGACGGAGAUCACGGAGGGCGGCGAGGUUCUAAGGCAGGAAGAACCGACCGAGAGCCGUGGGUCAGACAGUGGUUCCGACCCUAGCAGUGCGGACCCUAGCAGUGCGGACCCUAGCAGUGCGGACCCUAGCAGUGCGGACCCUAGCAGUGCGGACCCUAGCGGUUCUGACCCCAGCGGUUCUGACCCCAGCGGCUCCGACGCCAGCGGCCAGCAGAACGCGGCGGAGGGGUCAGAGGUCAGGGAUCAAGGAGAAGGCGUCAGGACGUCGUUAGACCGGGAGAACCCUGGAGCCUUUGAGCUGGGGGAGAGGAGUGAGGACACGGUGGAUACCGGUGGGUCUUCGUCAGAACGCCUGCGGGAGUCUCCAACCGCUGAGGAGACGUUUGGGACGGCUGCCAUGGUUCCCAGUGCCCCCCCCUCCACCCCCGACUCAGAAUCUGCCAAGUGUGAGGACGAGGAAAACCGUCCCGAGUCUAAACAAGAAGGCAGUCCAACGCAUCGGGCUGAUGUUUCCACGAUCCACAGAGACGUUGAGACGACCUGUGAGCCCGUCCACAGCUCCUCCCGACCGCGGACCGUGAGCCAGCCUGCUGCCGGCUCCUCCCCCUCUCCGAGCAGCAGGAGCGUGGGCGCGUGUAGUGACUCGGUCAGCGACACGGACAGUUCUCCAGGAGUCGAGACGGGAAAUGACAACGUCUUCAUUAAGGGUGAGGAGGUGUUGACGGGAGGCGACAGCACAAGUGAGGUCUCCCUGUCGUCGGGGGACGACCCGUCCAGCAGCCCGGACAGCCGCCAGGAGGCCGAGGCCCCCGGAGACGGCCACUGGGGCCCCCAGGAGCCGGGCCCCGCGGGACCCCCCGGGGAGGCGGACGACGAGGCCCAGGACCGGGUGACAGAGGUGCUGCUGCGCCCCGGGAGACGCUCGCUGUCCCCGCCACGCCGCCACAGCUGGGGGCCCGGGAGGAACGCCGCGGGGCCCGGGAGCAGCAGCGGGGCCGACGGGGACAUGAACCACAGGAGCUACAGCUUGGAGGUCCUCAGCGGAGAGGGCGGGGGGCCAGGCGGGGCCUCAGCGCGGGGGCCCGGCCCCCUGUCCCCGCCCCCCAGGAGCUGGCAGGAGGGGGCGGAGGGAGGGGCCCGCGUCCCCCUCCGCAGGGAGCAGGGCGGCCACCGAAGAUUAUCAGAGGAGAAGUAUAAGUAUAUCCGGCCGCUGAGACACAGCUGUCCCCCCAUGAACCUCCCCCUCACCAAGUCGGUGUCCAUGAUGGCCCUGAGCCAGAGAGACCUCGACGUACGCCUGCGAGAAAAGAGGCGCAUAUCUUUCUCUUUCAACCUCUCCCCUAUCCUCAACAAGUCCAAACCUCUCUUUCUGUACGGGGAGACCUCCUCUAGUGACGAUGAGGAUAACCUGAGUAUGAGGCCAUUUUCCAGUGGUUCUUGCUCACUGGCCUACAGUAUCUCAGAGGAGGACACCGGUUCUCUGCGGAGCGACAGCGAGGGUCGCAGCGGGAACAGAGUGGGCCGGACCUUCAGCUACCUGAAAAACAAGAUGACCAGGAAGAGCCGGGAGAAAGAGAAGAAGACGCUGAACGGUCAUGUUUUCAGUCCGUCGUCUUCCCCGCAGGCGACGCUCUGCGUCAUCUGUAGCAAAGCCCUCAGCGCCAAAGACUUCUUCACCUGCUCACAGUGUAAUGCUUCUGUCCAUAAAGGCUGCUCAGAGAGUCUGCCGCCUUGCCUCCGUGUCAAGAUAAAGAGCAACAGCCACAGCAAACAGCAGAAGCAACAGUUAGUCUUCCCAGAUUCUGCUUCUUUCCCUGUGGUCCCACUGAGGAACAGAGCACCCGGAAUGAGGGACCGACCAUGGUCGGCCAUCUUGUCGCCGGAUGAGCACCUGGGUCCGUUGUCACGGCGACCCGUCAUGCCUUUCCAUGGCAACCACCUUUCAAAGAGCCUGUCCAUCAGCAACAUUGCUGGCCCGGUGUUUGACGACAUGUCCGGCCCCAUCAAGAGUCUGCGGUACCUCUCCCAGUCCACGGACUCUCUGAGCAGAACCAAGCCCGUCACAGAGUCUCUGGAGUCGCUCAUAGACGAAGGGACAGAGAUGGAGGAGCGGCAGCUGAUGGAGGACCUGGAGGCGGAGGUGAAGGAGCUGGAGGCCGACUCCUGGACCUUCACCGUGGACCAGAGCCUCCUGGACACCCUGACCAAGGACCAGACCAAGAGGCAGGACGUCAUCUACGAGCUGAUGCAGACGGAGAUGCAUCACGUGCGGACGCUGCGCAUCAUGUCGGAGGUGUACGGCAAAGGCCUGCUGAGGGACGCCCAGCUGGAGCAGGCGGCCGUGGACAGGAUGUUCCCCGGGCUGGACGACCUGCUGGAGAUCCACACCCUCUUCCUCACCCUGCUGCUGGACAGGAGGGAGCGCAGGGCGGGGCCCGACGCCGUCGAGGGCGGGGCUGUGGUGCACCGGGUCGGAGACCUCCUGCUGGGACAGUUCUCAGGCGCCAGCGGGGAGGUGAUGAAGAGGGUCUACGGGCGCUUCUGUGGGUGUCACAACGAGGCAGUCAACUUCUACAAAGACCUCCUGAACAAAGACAAGCACUUCCAGGUGUCUGUGAAGAAAAAGAUGAGCAGCAGUGUCGUGCGAAGGCUGGGUAUCCCAGAAUGCAUUCUGCUAGUGACCCAGAGGAUCACAAAGUACCCGGUGCUGAUUCAAAGGAUCCUGCAGUACACUGACGUGGAGACGCUCCAGGACCUGGUGAACACCACGCUGGGAGGCCUGGCGCCGGUCGUCUCAGGGGGAGGCGGCGGGAGUUUACCCCGCAGGGCGGAGACCUUCAGUGGGUUCGACAGCCGCAAGAAUGCAGCCCGUGUGCAGUGCCAGUCGUUAGCAGUGGACCUGCGCCGGACGGGCUCAGACACCGUGCUGAAGAAGGGUGGGAAUGCAAAUCUGCUCAAACUGAGAAAGAAUAGUGAGCAGGUGCUCAACAGCGUGUACCAGCUGCAUCACCUGCUCAGCACGCUAAAGGCCGUGGUGGUGCAGCAGGACAGCCUCCUGGAGGACCAGAGGCAGACGCUGGGCGAGCGCUCCUCCUCCUUCUCCUUCGCCUCGUCGCGGCCCUCGUCGCGGCCCAGCUCGCUCAUCGAGCAGGAGAAGCAGCGCAGCGUGGAGAGGAGGCGGCAGGAGCUGGCGUCGCUCCACAAGGAGCAGGCGGCCCACGUGGAGGAGCGGCGGCAGCGGGAGAGGGAGUGGGACGUCCGCGAGCAGCAGCUCACCGACAGGGAGGUCGUUCUGCGCGUCCAGGAGGAGGAGGCGAACCAGCUGCGGCAGGACCUGGAGGAGGAGAACCAGGAGUUCCAGCUGAAGAAGGAGCAGUACCAGAGGGACCUGGAGCGACUCAGAGACGCCCAGAGGAAGCUGGACCGGGACCGGGAGGGGGUGCAGCGGGACCUCGACCGGCUGGCCCAGAGGACGAGCGACCCCUCCGGCAACUCGGACGACUACCUGCCCCAGCCACCAGGGGGCUCUGGUUCUUCAGAGCAGGGGGUCCCCCAGCCCUGGCCCCGGGGGGAGUCUCUGGUGCGGCCGCAGGCCCCGGCCCAGCUGCCGCCGCUGGCCCCCAGUAAGCCCAAGGGACGCAACCUGAACCCCUUCUCCUCCGGGGACGGCCAGGUCGCCGGCCGCCUCCUGCAGCUCGCCAAGAACAAGGACAAGGACAAGGAGAAGGAGAAGAAGGAGAAGGAGAAGAAGAAGAAGAAGGGGAAAGCGGGCGCAGCGCAGGGGACAGAGUCCCAGAACCUCAAUGAGGCUCAGCUGGAAGGCGAGAUUUACUUCUGUUGAGAGGAGCACAUCGCAAGGCGUCCGUGACUGGCUAACUAAUCAUCAGGACAACCGCACCCAGUCUGUCUAGCCUCCAGUCUGGCUAGCCUCCAGUUUUGUUAGCCUCCUGUCCGGCUAGUCUCAGUCUGGUUAGCCUCCAGUCAUUCUAGCCUUCAGUAUGGCUAGCCUCAAGUCAGGUUAGCCUCCAGUCUUGCUACCCUGUGGUCUGGCUAGCCUCCUGUAUGGCUGAACUCCAGUCUGGCCAACCCCAAAGGCCUGACAGUCCCAAAGAGUGCCUGAUUGGUACCACAGGUCCACUUAAUCCUAACACGGUAAACGCACAGGCCUGCUAAACUAGGAUUGGCUAGCCCCCUUUGUUGGCUAAUCCCUACGUCAUUAACCCCCAGUCCAACCCAGCACAAAGGCUACCGCCUUGUACAUCACCGAUGUACCCAAGACCCGUUAACCCUACAGGUACAGUGAAUGGAGACCACCGAGGUCCACGUCACUUAUGCAUUAGACACUCCCACACCAAACGGGCUCUGGUUGUGUUCCGGGACCGCUUCGUCCGGAACACUAGAACGGUAUGUAAGAGGUUCAUCUGAGCCCAGAGGACAAUCCCGACGCACGCGACACGUGUGACGUGGACAAAGAACUGAACCGUUCAUCCCAGCCAUCUUUUGACCAACAGAAGAAAAACAUUUUUUUGAGGAAGGUGCACCAGCGCCCUUGAGAUCAUAACCUCAUCUGACCCCAGGUAUGAGGCCGUCGUCGAAGAUGUGCUCGAAACAAACAUGACCUGCCUUUCUCCACGCAAGCUUCACCCUCAAGCACCAGGAGGCGCCGUUCAAAGUUUCUCCCUGCUUCGAGACAUUUCAUGUGGAUAGUUUCCUCUUUGCGAUCGAGUUUCUGUUCACCCUGUUUUGGGCUGUUUAGGAUUUAGCCAUCUCAGAUCUGGAGCUGCACUGGUGUCUACUAGGGCUCACUGAUACGCUCUUCCUGUGACGUUGGAAGCAAGAUCGUUUGUUUCAACUCAUUAAAAUCACUAGAGAGGCCUGAUCCUGACGGGGAGCUAGUUAAAUCAGUAUAAAAAUAACAAAAUAGACCUGUUCUUGACACAUUGAUCCACACAGUGUUGUCUCAAGAGUUCUAGAUUAAUAGAUACUGAAACAUUGUAGUUGACCGUUAACUGAUCGUAGUCCUUCACGGGUCUUCACCUGUCGUAUUCGCCAUGCUCUCAUGUGAGGAUGUUAUGAGUGACGUAGCGGUGGGCCUGGCGGGACCACGGCUCCAGCCCUGAUGGAUGGAGGGAGGACGGUUGGACCCAGAAGCAGGCAUAGGACCACUGAUGGAGAUUAAGGGGAAAGGCAUUGGGAGAUCAAAACACAAGGACUAUGGUAUAAUUCCCUUUAUUAAUGAUAUUAUUCAUAUAAUUAUUUUUUAACAAUAUUAAGGUUAUGAUCGGCAGUACAAUCCGUGUCCCAGACCACUGACCUGCUGGACGGGAAAGAUUUAGAAAAAAAAAAAAUAUAUAUAUAUACAGUAUAUAUAUAUAUAUAUGAUAGAUGCAUCUCCCUGCUCGUUGAUGACAGCGUCCUUGUGUUGGUUUUUUGAGGGGCGAGUGACAUUGGGUCACAUGGGGCAGGAGAGGGAGGGAGUGACAAUUCAAUGCUUUUAUCAAUCACACGGCCAGAGUUGAAUGAGAAGGAAUAGAUUGGAUACCUCGGCUUCACAAGAUAAAGAUAUGCUUGUACUAUAGGCUACCGUUUAUUUGUUUUAAAUUAUAUAAUAAAUGGCAAAACAUGUAAAUAUGAUUUGUGUACAAAGACACAAAAUCAAAUGUAUGAAGAUAUUUUAUUUGAUUGUACUGCCACAUUUUGUAAUAUUGAGUUAUUUAUGAUUGAUUGUCGUCCUUCAGGGGAAAUUCCAGACUUGUGUUUCUCUUAAAAUAAAGAUGUAUUAUGUACAGUUACAGCAGUUGGUCUGUUGUGGUCACUGGAUCUAAGGUACUGGAAUAGAGUGGGGUCCUUUAUUUAAAAAGGAAAGUGUUAGGAGAAAACAAUUACACAAGAGAUGUUGGCCGAUCUAAUACAGGAAGCCAAGGACAGUACACAGUCAAAAUACAACAAUUUUUAAUCGUACAAUUAUCAUUUGUUAAUAAACAAUUCAAUUUAGUAGAUUUGUUCAAUGGAAAGGAUUAUUUUCCUACAUGAUCAUUAAUAAAUUGCAUUUCUUGAGGCUGUACAUACACCACACGAGUCACGACAAGGCCUCCAGCAAUUCAUAUCCAUUUGUUGAAACAGAGAAAACACAUAUGUUAAAAAGUAUUCAAGCCAUCUUUCACAGAAAGAACAAAGUCACAUUAAAUGUCCCUUGAUUAAUCACGUCACGUGCACUUGAUUUGCACAGUUCUGAUGAGAUCAGAUAUACCCUGAUGAAGAACACAGUUAAACAUCAUAGCAUAAGACCUCUGGUUCUUAAUCUUCAAUCUGCUUAUUUUAUGAAUCAUUUCAGAUUAAUCUUGAAGAUUGAUCUUUCAAUCGCAUAUUAUCAUAAUAACAUGAGACGAAACAGUCGGAGGAAGCGCUGGGUCUGGACGAUGCCCUCUGGUGGGCUAAAAUAGCAACAACACAGAUUCUGCUCAAAAGAAGUCAUCGGCAUGCCAUGCUCAACGGCAACAGACCAUCGUCAGACAUUUCUGACUCUAGGCAAAAAUAACGUUUAGAAGUGCCCAACACACCCCUUUGGCAGUGUAGUAUAUGUGUGGGUGGCGAUUGCUGGUCCUCACGUGGUGAGAAUACUGGAAGUUGCCCGAAGGUGAAACAUAUUGAGAGGAUACAUCUCUAAUAAUAUUGAGGUUAUUGAUGUAUUCAGAGCAUGGCUGCCUUUGCAUUUGAUAAGCACCUUCUGGUUUUACAUAUAAAUGACACGCGGUGGAAACAACUUCAGACAUCAACCUUAGACACAUUUCAUUAGUGGUUUUCCCGCUUCCUCAAAUUAAUUACAAUUGUAAAAUUCACAAGUUACAAUCUUUCAUGAUAUAACAGUCCUGCAGUCAACACUGACAUCUCUACUACUUGAUUUAUUAAAUAAAUAGUGAUUUGAAAACAAAUACACAAAAAUAAACAUCUACAACAAUAAAUCUAUAGCAGCCGCACCGAUGUAAAGUUUAAACGGUAUCGACCGAGACAAGAUUGCAUGCAUGUCAGUGCUGAUUAGAACCUUAAACAAAUUCUAGUGUUAUAUCUAAACACUAUACAGCCUCUCCCAAUAGGGGUCACUGACACGGCCUACUGUACUGCCUAGUGGUUGAUCUGAGCUACAAUGGUGAUAAACUGCAACUUGGUUUGCAUUGUUGGGCAUCAAUAAAGACCCAGAAAUGGUGGUGAAUGUGUCGGAACACAUUUCACAGUAGAAUGGUCAGUCAAUCUUGAGUACGUUGACUCUUUCUCUUCCUUAUAUUUAAAAGUUUAUCAUAGUAUAUUAUAGUACAGUAUUCAGACUACACUAUAUUUAUAAUUUGACUACGUUCAGAGAAUAAAAUGACAUUCUUCCUCUCCCUUAAGUAGAAAUAUUA